GCCCUAUGGCAGCUGGGAUAGGCUCCACCCCCUGUGACCCUGAUUUGGAUAAGCAGAAAGAAAUGAGCAAGGUGUUUGCUGGUGUUUCUGAUAUUAUGUUUUUGGUGUUCUGUGUUGGGUCAUAUUUUGGCCGAUUUUGGUGGGAGAAAAGGUGAGUGUGACUCACCUGAGACAGACAGUGCACAGGUGCUGACCUGCAUGUUUUCCUGUGACUUCAUGCAGUGUUGUUGAUGACAGAGAAAGAGCGGUUAGGUCCUCCAGAACAGAGGACGGCGAGAGCACAGCAGAGAUGUUUGAAAAUGUCCCGACAGUGUCUACAACGGAGCGUCAGCAGGUGCUGGCAGCUCUGGAGCGUCUGCAGGCCAAACUGGUGCAGCGGGAGGAGUGGACCCACAGCGAUACCCUGGGAAACCUGCGGGAGACGCUGCAGAGCCCGCUCUUUAACCACAUCCUGACCCUUCAACACUCAAUCAAGCAGCUCCGCAGCGAGCUCAGCGCCAUGCCUCCCAACACCAGCAGUGAUUUCAGUUUCUCCAAAAAAGGUCAACUGAUCAUGAGCGUCGAUCCAGUCGGUGGCCCAGCCCCACCCCCGCUGUCUGCGACCUCCUCCAUCCUCACCAAUGGCUCGUUUCCGCCCAAACGUCAGACUCCGCCCACACCUGACCUCCAGAAGUGGAUUCUUGAUGCUGCCAAGGGACGUCCCACUGACGUGGUCAGAUUGACUCGUCCUCUGACUGGCGGUCUGGGCUUCAGUGUGGUCGGUCUGAAUCCAACAGGAAGCAGUAGCCGCGGCGUCUUCAUCAAACACGUCCAGCCCGGAGGAAUCGCUCACAGGGAUGGGCGUCUGCAGGAACGGGACCAGAUCCUAGUGAUAAACGGCAGUCCUCUGGAGCCGGGCAUCAGCCAGCAGCAGGCGCUCUCCCUCCUGCAGCAGCCUGGAGAGACGGUGGAGCUGGUGGUGGCCAGAGGCCGCCCACCUGACGCAUCGUUGCCGCCCACAACACCAAUCAACACAGAUCAGUGGGACCACGUGGAGGAGAUCGAGCUGGUCAAUGAUGGAUCUGGUCUUGGUUUCGGCAUCGUGGGCGGGAAGACGUCCGGAGUGGUGGUCAGGACACUGAUACGAAACGGUGUGGCCGACAGGGAUGGGCGCCUCCGCACAGGUGACCACAUCCUUCGAAUCGGGGCAACACCUACCAGCGGCCUCAACAGCGACCAGGUAGUCCACGUACUGCAGGCGUGCGGGAGCCGCGUGAACAUGCUCAUCGCCAGAGACCCCCAAGGUCAACAAGCAGCAGCACAUCCUCCCCCACCACCUCCUGUCUCUGCCCCCGUUUCCUCUUUACCACCCCAAACCCCCGAGCUGCCUCCCCAGAACCCACCCCAGCGGCGUUUCAGCAAGGCGCCCAAUCUGGAAGGAUACGAGAUCCAUGAGGUUACUCUCUCCAAGAUGGAAGGACAGAGCCUCGGCAUCUCCAUCGUCGGCCACAACCCUCUGACCAGCCAAGAUGCAGUCGGUGUGUUUGUUAAACACGUGGUUCCCGGCAGCGCAGCGGAUCAGAGUGGGAACAUCCAAGUCCAAGACCGACUGAUCGCUCUGGACGGCGUCAGUCUGCACGGUCUGACCAACCAGGAGGUUCAGGAGGUGAUGAAGCAGACGGGUCAGACUGUCAUUCUCACUCUGGUCAGGAAGAAAGCCAGAGCUCUGGAGAGAUCGUUGGAUAAAGUGGAGAGAGAGCCUUCUCGAGUUUCUCUCAGGAGGUCAUCGGAGGUCAAAGCUCACUUGUCUGGGUUUGGAUCCACGAUGAUGAAGCAGGAAUCAACAGACCUAAACUCAGCACAGCUAAACAGGGAGGCAGAACUGAGGGCUAAGUGGGAGCAGGCUCUUGGACCUAAUUAUCAAGUCCUGAUGGUGAAUUUGGAUCCCGUGAUCGAAGACGAUGAAGAGCUGCAGAAGUCAUCAAAGCUGCUGCCUGUCCACACUCUGCGUCUUGGGGUCGAGUUGGACUCCUUUGAUGGUCAUCACUACAUCUCGUCGGUGGCGCCCGGAGGCCCCGUCGACAGACACGGAGUCCUGAGACCCGAAGACGAGCUGCUGGAGGUGAACGACGUUCAGCUGUACGGAAAAUCUCGCAGAGAAGUGGUGUCGUUCCUUAAAGAGGUGCCUCCUCCGUUCACUCUGGUCUGCUGCCGACACCCGAUCGCCGACCUGGAACCAGAAUCCGAAUCUGAACCAGAACCAGUACUACGACUAGAACCGAAAGCAGGACCAGCCAGACAGUCGCAGCGGGGUGUGGAGGAGAUCGAGAUGAAGCUGUCAUCGAUGCUCUGCAGUCAGACUCUCCUGAGAGAUGAUAGCAGUGGCAGACAGGAGCAGGUCUCACCUGUAGAGGUGGUGCUGAGGGAGGAGCAGACCCACUACACCCAGGAAGAGGAUGAGGAAGAAGAAGAGGAGGAAGAUGAGGAGGAUGAGGACGGAGAGCUUGCUCUGUGGUCUUCGGACAUUCAGGUGUUGGAGCUGCAGAAAGAGCGAGACAAAGGCCUCGGCUUCAGCAUCCUUGACUACCAGGACCCGCUGGACCCCGGCAGAUGUGUGAUGGUGAUCCGGUCUCUGGUACCUGGUGGUUCAGCGGAGCUCCACGGCAGUUUGCUCCCCGGAGACCAGCUUGUGUCGGUCAACCGCACCCAGCUGGACAUGCUCAGUCUGGCCGAGGCUGUUGAGGUUCUCAAGUGUGCUCCGCCUGGUAUGGUCCGCCUGGGAAUCCGGAAGCCUCUGGUGGUGGAGGCACCAGAGAGGAGGAGAGAGGACAGCAGCACAUCACUACCUAUGGCAAAGGGUUUCAACCAAGCCGCCAUGCUUCCACAGAGCCUUCAUCUGGAGGAGGAGGAGGAGCCAGAGCUGAUCCUGGAUGCUCUCCCUCGCUACGCCACCUCUUCUCUGACCUCUGACCUCCGGCCAGAGGAGGAAGGCAGGGAAAUGGGUGUUGAUGAAGAGGAGGUAGAGCCGGAGGACAGCGUGAGCCCCGCCCCCAGGAAACCCCCACCAUCUUGGGAAGAGUGGAAGUUGGCCUCCCUUACCCGAGCUGGGGGGGCAGAGGAGGCCUGGAGCAGAGAGAUGCAGGAGGAGGAAGACCUACAGAGAUCGGACCAUGAAAGCAUUGUGUCUGUGGGAAAGCUGAUUCUGGGUCUUCCAGACUCCAGAGACAGCGAAGCAGACUCUGAGCUGACUCUCACGGACACUGACACCGAGUCUGUCAGGAGGAUUGAUACUGCAAAGAGGAAAAGGCGGAGCCAGGGGGGAGCCUCUCUGCCAAUCAGAGGAGGCCACAGUGACUUGCCUGAAAGAGAGGAGGGGGAAGGACAGGAAACACCUGCCUUCAGUCACUGGGGACCGCCCCGCAGGGUGGAGGUGUGGCCUGAGGAGGGUCAGUCUCUGGGUCUGAGCAUCGUCGGAGGUCGCCAUGUCAUCAAGCGACUGAGGAAUGGAGAGGAACUGAAGGGAAUCUUCAUCAAGCAGGUUUUACCCAAUAGCCCCGCCGCCAACACCCACUGUCUGAAGACCGGGGACAAGAUCCUGGAGGUGUCAGGUGUUGACUUGCGAGCUGCCAGUCACGAGGAGGCGGUCAACACAAUCAAAUCUGCCCCGAGCCCCGUUGUCUUCAUCGUCCAGAGCCUGACAGCGACUCCACGGCCCAUGUCUCUGACAGCUUCAACCGUCAGCAGAUCCCAAACGAAGAGGAUGGAGUCUCCGAAAUCAGAGGUAGUGCUGCCCCCCCCGAGACAGCCCCCACCCUACAGGCCUCCCAGCUACUCAGACAAGGAGCUAAACUCUGACUUGGAGGAGGCCAAAGAGCGGUGGUGUGAGCGUUAUGGAGACCUGCGAGGGGAGCUGCUAUGCGUGGAGCUGGAGAAGGAACGGCAGGGUUUGGGCCUCAGCCUGGCGGGGAACAGGGAUCGCUCCCGCGUCAGCAUCUUCGUGGUCGGGCUCCAUCCCGGGGGGCCGGCUGCCCGCGACGGGCGCAUUCAGAUUGGAGACGAGCUUCUGGAGAUUAACAACCAGAUUCUUUAUGGGCGGAGCCACCAGAACGCCUCAGCCAUCAUUAAGAGUGCCGCCUCCAAGGUGAAGCUCAUCCUGCUCAGAAACGACGAUGCAAUAAAUCAGAUGGCCGUCCCUCCCUUCCCCUCUCCCCCUCCACCACCCUCCCUCAGCCCAGCCAGCCCUGAGUGUAUCUCGCCCACCCUGCUCAGUGGAUCCACCCCCUCUGACGGGCCCUGCCCCCCCGAAGGCUUGACGCUCCACCCGCUGUCGGACGCGCCGGACGAGCCAAGCGACGAAGCCGAGCAGAACAGCAGGAGCAGGAACAGCGUCCGCGAGAGUCUGAGAGAGGCCAACACUUUCAGAAAGAGGCUGAAAGCUGCAGAGUCUCCAGAAAAUGAGCUGCAGGCUACACUGGAGCAGUGUGAGUCACACAGUAAACGGAUGGCAGCUUCUCCUCCUCUGAUCAGCCCCGAUCAGCACAGAGACCCAACCUGCUGUGCUGUGGUUCCUGGUCAGGAGACACUGCUGGAGAUCUGCAAAGGUCGAUCUGGACUGGGACUCAGUAUAGUGGGAGGAAGAGACACACAGCUGGAUGCCAUCAUGAUCCACGAGGUGUAUGAAGAAGGAGCUGCAGCCAGAGAUGGGCGUCUGUGGGCCGGAGACCAGAUACUGGAGGUGAAUGAAGUGGAUCUCCGCGGGGCGUCCCACGAGGAGGCGAUCGCCGCCCUGCGUCAGACACCGGCUAAGGUCCGUCUGACAGUCCUGAGGGAUGAGGCUCAGUACAGAGAUGAGGAGAACCUGGACGUCUUUAAGGUGGAGCUGCAGAAAAAGAGCGGCAGAGGGCUGGGGCUCAGCAUCGUCGGGAAGAGGAGUGGCAGCGGUGUGUUUAUCUCAGAGGUGGUCAGAGGGGGCGCCGCUGAGCUGGACGGCCGGCUGAUGCAGGGAGAUCAGAUUCUGUCAGUGAACGGUGAUGACGCGAGACAUGCCUCCCAGGAAGCCGUGGCUGCCAUCCUGAAGUGUGCUCGGGGUCCUGUCCUGUUGGAGCUCGGCCGACUCAAAGCUGCCUCCUGGAUCACAUCCAGACGUAACUCACAUGGGAGCCAGAUGAGUCACGCCAGCACAAACAGCUCAGGCGUUCCAGCUCCUUCCCUCACACAGUCCCCUGAGCCAUCUGACCCCCCAACCUCAAGCCUGCCCCUCAAUAACAACGCCGAGCCCACUGGUGAAAUAACUUCCUCCACCUCAGGGCUCGACGAAGGCAUCCGAACAGUGGAGAUCACCAGGGGUCUCGGCGACUCCCUUGGGGUGAGUGUAGCAGGAGGGAAGGGCAGUCCUCUGGGUGACAUCCCCAUCUUCAUCGCCAUGAUUCAGGCUAGCGGAGUCGCUGCUAAAACCCACCAGCUCAAGGUGGGAGACAGGAUCGUCAGUGUUAACGGGCAGUCUGUGGACGGCCUGUCUCACAGCGAGGUCGUGGCCAUGCUAAAGAACAGCUACGGAAACAUCAGCCUGCAGGUGGUGGCGGACACCAACAUCAGCGCCAUCGCCUCACAGGUGGAAAGUCUGACCAGCAGCUCCAGUCCGUCGGACAACACUGACACACACACAGCAGAGCCUGACGGUCCACGGCCUCGCAGCAUCAGCCUAGAAAAAGGUUCAGAGGGGCUCGGCUUCAGCAUCGUCGGUGGCUUCGGCAGUCCGCACGGAGACCUGCCGAUCUACGUGAAGACCGUCUUCAGCAAGGGCGCGGCAGCGGCGGACGGGCGUCUGAAACGAGGCGAUCAGAUCCUGGCGGUGAACGGAGAGAGUCUGCAGGGAGCGACGCACGAACAGGCCGUUGCCAUCCUGAAAAAACAGAGAGGAACGGUCACGCUGGAUGUCCUGUCAUAACACACGUCUGCUCACACACCUGCACACACACACGGAGCUCCUGCUGCGACGCACACGCUCAGACUCUUGGACAACAACUCUGAUAGUCACUCUGAACCCCAACACGCAAAAAAUUGACAAAAGAAACGGUGUCAGACACACGCGCGCGCGCACACUUCCUGUGCACGGGUUGGUGGGUUUUGGCCGUCUUUACAUGUUAAACAGAGCUUCUCAACCUCUGGGUUGGGGCGCGACAUUGGGUCUCAGCUGAUGAGUUCGUGCUUGCUGUUUGGAUCUAAAGUAAACUUCCCGCGCUGUAGUUUUCACGCUGUAAUAUUUAAUCCUUAAACAGGCAUGCCCACGCUUUCUAAAACACCACAAAUCAAAGAGCUCCUAAACAGAUAAUAAAGUGUAGUUACCUGGCUCUUGUCCACCCUCUUGGACUGCAGUUGGUGGUCCUUCCAGAUGCACCUAGGGAGCAGUAACUCAUCUUUGAAGUGCUGCUGGUGAGUUAUUUUGCAUCUGCAGAAUCAGCGGUCACAAACCUGCUCACAGAAUAAUGGCUGUGAGCAGCGUAACAGCUCGAUCCAAAAUACGGCCAGAUCAAUGUUCUGCCCCCCCCCCUUUCAUCUUUACUACAAUAACGAGCAGGUCGGUCUGACACCACCCAGCUCAAGCUGUCCUCGACUGUGCAGCAACAUGAGUGGCUCAUUUGUUUCUCACUAGGUGCUGAUUGGCUGAUUUUGCAGUUAAAGCAGUUUUCCUGUCUUAGCCUGUCUAGUUCGAGAGACUGAGAACGAGAAGGAAUUAAUUGAGCGCUAAUAAACUGAUCUCGCACCACGUUGUUCUCAGGUAGAGAUAAAAACGAGUCAGCUGAUAUCCUGUAGCAUCAAUUCUGUCCUGUAAUCGUGGAACCGACCCAACCCAACUAUAAAAUCUGAUGUCAUAACCCAGAACCAGGUUGAGAAGCUCUGCUAUUAUUUAUCCUUUGAUCGACACAACGCUCCGUACUGACGGAGGGAUGGCCAAAUCAGCCUGCACUAACUGAUACUAACUGAGACACGGACUGAUGUGAAACUUCACGAAUGGAACCAGGGAACAAAAAGGGAAAGAUGUGGCUGAUGUUAGCCUAGCAUCUCUUCUGUGGUCUACUGUUAGCCGUGUAGUAGCCGUUAUUGUAAAAGUGAAGACCGAUGUGGAGCGUAACGCUGCUGACUGUCAGCUUCCCUUUUUUUUUUCUGCCAUCACAACCAGCCAAACAUGAAAGAAACAGCUGCUAGCCUUUAGUUUCAUCCUCAUAUUGGCUCUAUACCUGUGAUUUUCCACUCCAAACCUUUUUUUCCAUUUUUAAGAACUUUCCUUUGGGUCUAAAAGCACUUUUUCACCGCAGGAACUCAAACAAUGCACAAUCUGGAGCAAACAUUUACAAGAGCAGGCUCCAGUGGUCCCUUCAGAGUUUAACCAAUCAGCAUGCACCACACCCAGCAGUACAGGAAGCCGAGCCAGAAAGCACAAUGUUUCCCUAAACCUAAUCAAACUGUAGCUGGAGAUAUAUUUUAAAAUAACUAACUGUAAACACCAAGUCUAAAAAUAAUUCCACUUCCUGUUUGAUGGUUUCAUCCACGACAACCUGCAGCUCAUGUGGCUAUGUUUGGACUGCAGCAUAAACAACGCAUAGUUAUGUGACUGGCCAGUUCAAAUAUUUGAGCUUCAUUAAUAAGAUCUUUAAAGAACUUCACUUUUAGUUUUAUAGCUCAAAGGUGUGCAACAGGCAGAUGGGAAACUCUAAGGCGUGGGGGUGGGGGGUGUCUCCUGGCAGUUAGACCCUGGUUCCUGCUGUGGAAAAGGUUCAUGUUUAGAUCUGAAAAUUACAGUCAUCGUUGGGUUUUAAUUACUGUUUUGUUAUUUUGUCAAUUAUUGAACAAGAAAAGUGGCCAAAAACCUCCCUAUGAAAAAAUAUAAACCUGUAAGAGCUGAAAUCUCUAAACUUGUUUCCACAUAAAUUAUAGAAGAUGAAAAGAGACUAAUAACACAAAGUUUGUCUAGAAAUGUGGAAACUGUUUCUUGCCAACAUCGCCAUCUAAUAGAAAAUGUUGUGUCCUAAAAACCUGCAAACUGUUCACUCAAAAUCUGGGAAAUGAAAACAGUGGGCGUGAAGCUCAUUAAAAUAUCCCUUCAUAACAGAGGUAUAUUUAUUUUUGAUUCCUUUUUAUUUAUUCAAGUGCUUCCACUGUAUUUCUGUUGUUUAGCCAAACAUGUUAAACUGUGCCAUCAUUUGAUACCAUCACAUAUCCUCUGUUUCCGUACGCUGACUGCUGAACAGAGCCCACACAAGCAUACCGAUGUGAAACUCUCGCUAUCUUCCACUGAGUUCGUGCAACACUUUAUAGAACAUGUAAACAUGUCUGUCUCCAUGGAGAUGACUCUCAGGACUUGGUGGGUAUGGAGACUCCUGUCGCCCCUGGCAACAGAUACAGUGUCUUCCACAUUGUAGUUGAAGGAGACGUGAAUAAGCAUCGGGCCGACAUUCAGUGAAAUCCUUGUGUUCUCCGUCUUUAUCAACAUGUUCUUUUCUUUGCUGCGGUCAGUCAUAGCCGCAAUCUGCUACUGAUCUCUGCAGUCAUGAGGAGGUGUGACCACAAGCAACCUCCUGCAACCGGUGGUUACCGUGGCGUUCCUGACCGGUCUUUAGGCCUGUGCAACUGCGUUCUGAACCCUCUCACCUCUGAGUAUAAGCAAAGAAUAUUGGCUGUUUUCACUCAGGCGUGCAUAAAAGUCCACACUGAGCAGCUUUUUUCUGGUUUCUUCUCCAUGAGGAGUCUGUCCUGUGUUACCAGCUCUGUAAAACAGCAGAAGCUAACCUGAGAAAGUGUGGAAACUGGAGAUGAGCUUUCCCCAGAGCUGCCACAGGCCUUCAAAUUCAGGUCUGCUGGUGGCAGAUAACUGCAGCUAUCUGCAAGUUGCAAAUUGCAACCAACUUCUUGCAAUAAACUUCUAAUAUUAAUUCUCAUCUAGCAUCCAGAUCUUCUCAUUCAACAAAUAUGAGUAGAGCUCUCAGUUUAAUCCCUUUCAUUAAAUAUCCAGUAUUUAUGAGCAGCUGUCCUGAAGUGCUAAGAAACUUGUUUUAGAGUGAGAACACGACGAUCCAACUGAAUGUCAGCAUUUUGCUUUGAAUGGUUUCCUACUGUGCAGGUAGCUGUUUGUAGCUGCGCAUCUUCGUCUGACUCAAGUGUUUAGCAGCAGCUGAGCACCGGCCUCAGCAGCAUCCUGUACUUUAUACAUAUCAAUCAAAUGCAAAAUACUGUAUGUUCAACUUUUACUUUGUCAUAAUUAUUGUCUUAAUUUUUUGGUACUUCAUAUGCAAAUGCCAGAGUAGAUGAAAUCUAAUUUAUUUUUGAUCUUGUUGAGAAUUAACAAUGUAUUUUUGUUGCUGUUGUGUUGUCAUGAGCACUAAUAUGUCCGAAUAUCAGAAAUCAGAGUGGAAACCUGCAGCUUUGGUCUGCUAGCGCUUCCUUGUUAUUCUGCAUCAUUUCUUAAUCAUGUUCUCAGAGGUUGUUGAGAAAAUUUGUUUGAUUUCAAAUAAAUAACUGAUAAUAGAU